GUAGAGAGGCCGAGUGGGCGGCGCCGCGUUGCGCGUGCGUCCCGGCGGCCUGAGCUGUGCCUCCCUCGGCUGUCUCCUGCACCCGCCGACUUCCUUUCUGCCCCUGCUCUGCCGGCGGAGGCGCUUGCGGGCCGGAGGGUUCCAUGGCCGGCCGCGGGGGGCCAUGACGGACUACACGGAGGAGCAGCGCAACGAGCUCGAGGCGCUCGAGUCCAUUUACCCGGACUCCUUUACAGGUGAGCGGCGGAGCCUGCAGGAACCUCCGCGUGCGGAGCCAGGUGGGCGCGGGCAGGGCGGCGGCGCCAAGUUUCCGGCAUGCGCUGCAGCUGUUCUUUCCGCACUUCUGCCUCCCGGCGCGGCGAUCGCCCGCACUGCCAGCCUGCUCCGAACUUCCAGCUUUCGAAGUGGGAAACCUCCCUCCAAGGUCCACGUCCGUCCCCCCGAUCCUAACUGGAGAAGUUGCCAAACUUUUGCCUCGGGAUCCUGGGUGGUGGGGAUUUGCACUCCCCGCUUUGCAGCAGGGACAGCUCCCUCCGGAUAGUGGAGGCGACGGUGCUCUCGCGCCUGUGUCCUCGGCUCUCAAGCUCCCCAUAAGCCAGAUGGGCCCCUGGCCUGAUCCAGACAGGGCUUUUCUUAGGGUCUUCACAGCUUCUCAUGAGGUGCCCCCUCUGCCAUGCUGGUGGCCCAUGAAGAGCAAGGCAGAGCAAAUCACGCAAGUAGUCUCCUGAAAACCUGGCCCUCAUCCAGUCACUAAACCUCUUAAUACCACCUCUGUAAAAGACUUAUUAAUUUGAAAAAAAAUCAUAUCCUGCCUUUUGAUCUUAAUAACAGAGCUCCCAAGAUGGUUUAGCAAAUAAAUUACAGACCAUGUUAAAACAAGAAAAGACAUAACAAUAUGGUGUGGAACCACAUUCUGUCCUGGAGUGCAGUUGGAGCCGUAUUAUGAAAUGGUUGGGGGCAGAUCUUGAUUUUAUUCCAGAGAUCCAAAUGUGCGCUCUCAUUUUCCAAACUUUGCUUCACAUGAUUCUGGGAUUGGAUCAAAACAUCCCUUGGGUUUUAGGCUUGGUUUUUGGUCUUUUGUGCUGUAAGAAGCCUCUGUGGCAGAUAGUUAUUACAGUGGUACCUCGGGUUACAUACACUUAAGGUUACAGACUACGCUAACCCAGAAAUAGUAUCUUGGGUUAAGAACUUUGCUUCAGGAUGAGAACAGAAAUCGUGCAGCAGCGGCGGCACAGCAGCAGCAGGAGGCCCCAUUAGCUAAAGUGGUGCUUCAGGUUAAGAACAGUUUCAGGUUAAGAACAGACCUCCGGAACGAAUUAAGUACGUAACCAGAGGUACCACUGUAUGUCUGUAAUACCAGAUCACUUUGGAUCACAGAUGUGCAACUUUCAAAAGGUGUUUGUAGUACUUCUGAACUAGCAUAAGGGCCAUGGCAUAAAAUCGGGCUUGCAUACCUGCUUGUUUCAUGCUGUGCUACUAUAAGUAAAGGAUGAGAAAGCUUAGAUAUACUUGGAGUGGACCCACUGAAAUGAACAAACAUAAAUUGCUUAACCCCAUUUAUUUUAAUGGGUGUACUCAGGGUAUGACUUAGCUUGGAUUUUGCCCUACAUUUUUAUGUGUCACACUUGCCAAAACGGUUAGCAAGCACUGUUUUGACUUUACACUGAUACAAAUGAAAACUGCUACAGCUUUGUAUGGGACACAUCCUUCAUAUACAUUCAAUGAAACUGGCUGUGUAGCACUAAAUAAACCAGGAAGUUUUGUGCGGCAAGCCUGUGCUGUAGAUGAGUAGUAUUAUCCCUGUUAUUGCAGAUAAGAGGCAACGUGUUAUAUGUGGGGCUGCAUCUGAAGAUGGUUUGGAAACUUCAACUGGUGCGGAAUUCAGUGACCAGGUUGCUCACCAGGGGAGCAAUACGGUUUCAUUGAAUCAGAAUUGUAGAGUUGGAAGGGACCCUAAGCUAUGUCCCUUCCUCAAAGGGGAAAGGCUCUUGAGUUAAUAGAGGUUAUUCCUGUCUAGCUGAUUCUGGGAUCUUGGUGAGCUGAUAUCUAAUUGGUCUUUGAAUUUCAAUCCAAUUUCCUAUAUAAAACAAUUUAAAGAAAAGAGCAGAGGCUAUUGUGUUAUGACUGAUGAAGACAAAACCAACCAGUCUCUGGGUGGCGGAGGGAGAAAACCUUUAUUGUCUUCAUUUAUGACUUUUUUCUUCAACAGUGUUAUCAGAAAAGCCAAUAAGUUUCACUAUCACUGUGACAUCUGAAGCAGGAGAAAAUGACGAAAGUAAGUUGACUGCUGUUGAACUUUCAUAUGGAAAGAGAUCUCCCACGAAGAAAAGACAUUUGGCAUAAAAUGCUUAAAAGACUUGAUUGUUUCUAAAUUGAUAGGAGGUGGUCUGUUGAUAACAGUGUAACAGUGCCAGGUCUGCAGAUUGACACAGUCAGGUGGGCACAUAUGGGGUAAGGCAGUACUGCUAGUAAACUGGUCCCAAGCCAUGUAUGGUCUGAAGGGGCGAGCACUUAGCUGAAACAGACCAAGUCUAGGUCUGGUCAGGGUCUAGUUUGGAGACAGCCUGGAAACCGCAUCUCUGUUGCAUUGGGUUCCAUGACAGAAUAAGGUGAAGGAUUUAAAUGUAGUAAAACAAACAAAAAUUUAGAUUGUUAGGCCAAUUAGAUUGUUGUUACUACAACAAGCGUAGUAGUAGCUUCUUUUGUUGCAGCUGAAUGUUGUCAUUGAAGCAUUUUUAUAUUUUCACCAUGGGAAAGGAUGAGUGUACAGUGGUACCUUGGUUUACAACCAUAAUCUGUUCCGGAGGUCCGGUUGUAAACCAAAGCAGGUUGUAACCCAAGGCGCGCAUUUGCCAAUGGGGCCUCCAAAAGAAAAUGGGUUGUAAUCCAAAAAAAAGGGACACGCACUUCCGGGUUUGACGUGGUUGUAAUCCAAAACUGUUGCAGACCAAGGUACCACUGUACUGCAGUAGGGAAAACUGAGCUGCACUCCCAUUAGAGAGCUUAGCACGAGAAUCAGACACCUCCUUGUUGCAUUUAAAACAGCAACCAUCACUUUGGCUGCAGGUUUCACACUGGUGUGUUUGUGUGUUGGGCCUUCGUCAUAACUAGGUUGUGUAAAUUGCUUCUAAUAUAAUGAAUGUCAGUAGGUGCUGUUGGCAGCAUGAAGCAACAAUUUCUAAUGUUUUCUGUUGCACUGCAGCUGUCCAGGCAACCCUCAAAUUCACAUAUGCAGAGCGCUAUCCUGAUGAAAUCCCCCUCUAUGAACUACUCUCUCAAGAGAAUCUUGAGGACAGUGACAUCGCAGACAUACUGAAAUUAUUACGGGAACAGGUAAACAGCAUGCUCUUUAAUAAUGUUUAAUAACAUCAAGGUGCAGCAAGUUCAGCUAUUACCCCAUGCUUAGCAAUACAAAUGCUUUACAAAGAGGAGAAUAAAGGGUGUGGUUGUUUUUUCAAGCUCAAGGAUAAUGGGUUCUGCAGAUAGGUAAAGUCGAUAAAAUACUUAAUGGAUAAAUAUAAAUCUACUUCAAAAACAAACAAUUCAGCUAAUGUUGGUCCCUCUCCAUUAGCUGACAGAGCACUUGAAAAUAUCUUGCACAGUACCAGUAAUAACACACUUUAGUUUAUCACUAUUCUGAAUUGUAUUAUUAUUACUAAACUCCUGACUUUGUACCACAAUGCCUUAAAAAAGCAAGUUUGCAUUGAAGUGGUGGUAAGGAAUCUGUUAUGCAGCACCAUUGGCAAUAUGGCAGAGUGUUAAGGAUAAUUUAAGGCUGCAGUCUUUAUAUGAACUUAGCAGGAAGCAAUUCCCAUUGAGCUCUGUGGGACUUAAUCAAAGUAGGAUUGCGCUUUAGCCUGCGUUAAGUUAUAUUGUGUAUGAUCACAUGAAUUCCAGGGUCUGCAGGUGGCUUUGGAAACCUUUCAGGGUAGCAUUUUAUUAGUUAUUGCUCAUUAUAGUAGACCAUCUAUUUUUCCCCUUUAUGAAAUGAUUUAUGAAUUUUACAAAGGCAUAUCUGCAGGUUUUGAUGUUACUUUUGUCUGCUUUUUUAACUGUGGCAUCAGAACUAGAUUGGCCAACGUAACAGUAACCUGUUAUAGGAUAUUCUAUCCCACAACGCAUUGGAAAGUGCAAAGAUGGCCUUUGUGUUGUUUUUGUACUAGUUGGGAAUUGCAGGUCUGAGACAAUAUGAGUCUUGCUAAAUACAAAUAAUAAAUAGGAGUGAUUUAUCUUGAAGCUGUUGCUCCAUGUGGAUUUUGCAUUCAGUAUAUCUAUAUUUCCCCCCCAUUUUCUGCCUGCUUGGCAACGUUCCUCCCACAGGUUUUGUAUUUGCUGUGCCAUGUGGUGAAUUCAUUUCCUGCUAAACACUUUUCUGUAUUUCAGGCAGACGAGAACCUGGGCAUGGUAAUGAUCUUCACACUAGUAUCGGCUGUGCAAGAGAAAUUAAAUGAAAUAGUAGAUCAGAUAAAAACAAGGAGGGAAGAGGAAACUAAACAGAAGGAGAAAGAGGCAGAGGAAGCAGAAAAGGUGAAAGUUUAGUUGAAAUUGUUUUUCUUAUCUGCUGAAUACAAGAAAUCUUAGUGGACUCCCCGGCCUGGCUAAGUGUAGCUUUACUUUGAUACACUUUGUGGUAAAUAAGGAGGGCUGUUAAACUCACUUUGCCUAGUCCAGCAACCUCUUCUAAGUCUUGUUCUUGUUGUUGUUAUUAAAGAUCUGUAACCCACCUUUUCAACUGAAUGAUUCCCAAAGCUAUGGGACCAAAUUCAAGGUUUUGGUACCAAUAUGUAUAAGCUUAUCACGGCUCAAGACCAGGUUACUUGAGAGCAGUGCUAUUUUUCUAGAACUCACCAUAAGCGCCUCCCUGAGAGGGGCCAGAACUGAGUUCCGGUGAGCUCCAACUGAAAAAAAGCCCUGCUUGAGAGGCUGAGCCAGCAAGUCACUGCAUUUUGCAGAAGCGUUUCUCCUUGAAGUCCUUAAAAUGAUGUCAGAAACCCACUCCACAAUAACUCGGAGCUGGGAUUUCAUUGUAGCUGCCCCAGUUUUCUGCUACAAAAUCUCUGCAGAGAUAUGACAGUUUCAGGAAACAACUGAAGACAUUUUUUGUUCCGAUAAGCUUUCCUGCUGAGUGAAAAGGUUUCUUCCCUAGGUGGUUUUUUUUUUUGUAUUGUUUUUAAAACAGUCAAGGAGGGCAGGGUUUUAAACUGUUUCUAGUUGGUUUUAGGGUAUGUUUGAAAAAUUGCCUUGAAGUUCAAUGUGAAGUGUGAUUUAUAAAUUAAUAAAAUAAUAAGUUAGCUCUCAAGCACACUACCCCAACCCCCCCCCCACAUGUGUACUGCAGCAUUUAGUCCUUUAGAGGAUGAAUAGGGACAGAGUGUUUCUCAUUUGUCCCUCAGUCCAAGAGUACCAGACAGCUAGAGCAGACUUGUGUGUUCUUGAUUGUUUUGUUUUCUGAAUUGUAUAUUAAUAUUGUUUGUUUGUUUUGGCCUUUCUGUGUAGCAAUGUUUCCAUGGCACCCCGGUCACCAUUGAAAAUUUUCUAAGCUGGAAAGCAAAAUUUGAUUUAGAGAUGCUAGAAUUUAAAAGAAAGAAGGUGAAAGAGGAAGAACAGUCUGGCAAAAAUAAACUAACAGGUAAGAGGUAUCAGUUGCCUUAGGUCAGCCCUUCCCUAACAGCUGUGCUGGCUGGUGCUGAUGGGAUUUGUAGGCCAGAGCGGGUGGUAGGCCCCAAAAUGGACUUCUGAAAGCCAUCUAGGUGGCCACUGUGGGAAAGAGGAUGCUGGGCUAGAUGGGCCUGAUCCUGCAGGCCUGUUCUUAAUUUAUUAUGUUCUUAUUUCUUACAGGGAAACAGCUGUUCGAAACAGAUCAUAAUCUUGACACAUCUGAUAUUCAGUUCUUGGAAGAAGGUAACUGGCGAUUCCUAUUUCCAUUGCUACAAAUUGUAAUUAUUCAUACCGAGAACAAAAUCUGCCCCUGGUAGAGGCCUAAAUGCUGCCUCUAGCACUUUUGGAAGGGGUUAAAAGUUUUAAUGUUUUGCUUGCCAGUUCUGUGCUAUAAGCACCUGGUGUGAAGCGCAGGAUGUGUCCCUGCAAAAAGGGAUGGCUGCCUGGCUCGUCAUCCUCAUUCACCCCCCAAAUGUGGCCAAUGCGCUGAUGGAAGCUGGAGGGUGGCAAAGCUCUUCACCUGUGAGGGGAGGGGGUAUGUCAAAGACAGGCAGAAGCUUAUCAUGUCUCACCCUGGGUAGUACCUAGUUUGGGUGUCUGAGAGGCUCAGGUUCAUCACCUUGGCUGCUUGGCGUAAAGACAAAACAGAAAGGUAAUGAUUAAAAGUAAAAAGAAUGCACCUUAUUCCCCAGAGAAGCAUAGAUAUAAUGCAGCCUUAAUAAUGUAGGCAAAUUACUAUUAUUACUUUUUAUUGAGUUUAUAUACCGCCUUACACCCAGAGGUCUCUGGGCGGUUCACGAAACAAAAACAAAAUAUAUUAUAAGAAUAACAACAACCCAUUAAUCCGCCCCCCCACGCAAAAGCCACAUUUUCAAAGGGCAUAGGAUGUCAGUCAAAUCAACCAAAGGCCUGGUUAAAAAAAGGAAUGUUAAACAUAAGGAAACAGUCAAAAGGAAAGUCUUUGCCUGGUGCCUGAAGGUGUAUAAUGAAGGCGCCAGGCAAACUUCCCUGGGGAGAGCAUUCCACAGAUGGGGAGCCACUGCAAAGGCGGCCUGUUUUCGCGUUGCCAUCCUCCGGACCUCUCAAGGAGGAGGCACACGAAGAAGAGCCUCAGAAGGGGUCCGGGAAGGUUCAUAUGGAAGGAGAUGGUCAUGGGGUUUACUGCAUGAGAUUGUAGCCUCAAUAUAAAGGGACCAAGGUAACAAAGAACAUGUGGAAAAUAAAAGCCACUUUACUGUCCAGAAGAUGUCACUGUUGUUCCAUUUUGCCUUUUUGGAAUGGAAAGCACUUGAAUGCUCCGGUUUAAUUAAUCAUAGACACAAACUGCAGGUUACAUAGAAUCCAGUUAUUCUUCUCUAUAUUUCUUUUGUUUUAAAUCCAAAGCAGCUUGUGGAAGCUCAGAAUGAAACAAGCGAGAGUGAGGAGAGCAGAGGCUUAAUCCUUCCCUCAGUGUAAAACCCUUUCCCAAAGCUGAUUUUUGACCAGAGGAGACAUAAAGUCCCUAUAAUAUAGGCAACUGGGAAAACUUCAAGAUUAUUGUUUUGAGGGCCCCUUCCCCAUAAUUUGUUGCACUCAAACACUGCUUAGGCUGUGUUGGGUUUAAAAAUGUUUAAAAGGCAGAGGAAGAAUUGGGAUACUCCAUAUAACAAACCCAAAAUGCAUGUUGUUCAACAGCAACUGAUGGCAUGCAGUGGAGAUCUAAACUGCCUUUUAGUUCACAAACCUCAGACACAAUGCAGCCCACCAGACCUCUCCAUCUGGCUUGCUUAGAUAAUCUGUUUAAUAUAACUAUGUAGAGCAGUAGAUGGCAUUGACUCUUCAUAGCAUUUUGCUAAAGAUUCUUAGCAAGCAUAGCAGGCAGUCCAUCUGGUAUUGGGCUUUUGAACUCUAGAAUGACUCUAGAAUAACAGUUUUAUCUCUCUUCUCUCCCCAAAGCUGGAAACAGUGUGGAAGUAGAUGAAUCCUUGUUCCAGGAAAUGGAUGAUUUGGAGUUGGAGGAUGAAGAAGACGAUCCUGACUAUAACCCUGCCCAUCUAGAGAGCGACUAGAUGGAAAUUGUUGUACCGACUUUACUGAUCAACCUGUGUGAACAUUUGUACAGAGAGACACCCACAUAUGUUUUGGUUCCCCUUUUACUUAAGACAAAAGUAUUUUAAUUCCAAGAGGCCACCUUCUCUGACAUCUUUCAUCACAGAUAAUAAAUUGACUUCAGGUGUUUGACAUUCGCGUUCUUGAAUCUCUUGCGUUAUAGAAGAAUCUGUACCGUGUGUUGAAGUUUAAAAUGCACUUGAAACGCUAAUCUUACUGUAUUGCGAAGGCCUUGGGUUUGAAACGAAUGCGUUGUGCACAAAGCAAAACACAGAACGAGAAGCAUUCUAAUAUUAUCUUCAGUCCCAAACCUUCUUAGGACCAGUUGUUCUGAAAAGAAGUUGCUCUUUAGAACUCUCCCUUUCACAGCAUCCAAAGAUUAUGGAAGUACAGUGGAGGUGUUCAUUUUAAUAAUGAUAAAGAGAGAAAGGGCGAGAUGUACAGAUUUGCUUUAGGAAGUGUAUUCGGUGUUUGGCUCUAAAUCAGGGGUCGGGAACCUGUGGCCCUCCAAAUGUUAAACACAAAUUCCCUGGAGUGGCUGGCAGUGUGUCUGGCAUCACAGCUUAUCAGAAUAAUUUGGGGGUGAGGCAGCCACGACACCAGGGCAAUGUGGGCAGAAGCACAGGCGGGGAUGAUGGGGGCUAUAAUUCAACAGUUGGAGAGCUACAGGUUAGUCACCCCUGCUGUAAAGGUCCCCCCCUCCCAUGUGAUAUAAGAUUGACCAUUCAACGACAUUUACUUCCUUGUGAUCUGUUAACAAAUGGCGCCUGGUCCACAUAUAUACUUGGACUUCCAAUUUCCAUGUUAAGAUCUAAUCAGAGGAGGAGAUGCUAGGGAAAAAAAUGCAAUUCCAAAUAAUAAAUAUGUGGAAUAGAGUGAAAGGUAUAAUUGGUUGUGUGAAAGUUUCUCCAUAACAUUACCAUUUCAACGUUUUAGGUAAAACACCUUUGUUAUCUUUAGAAAUUGUAUGAUCUGUUUUGGGGUUUGAUACCCCAUUAAAUUCUCCAUUGAGA